AGAUUUGGCUCAUAAUUGGAGGUCCUCAAGGAUGACGGCCCAGCAUACUUUCAACACAGUCGUGGGAAUCCUUGGAAAUAUAUGCGCCAUGUUGCUGUUUUUGUCUCCAUUGCCCACAUUCUGGAACAUCUUCAAAACGAAGGAAGUGGGCCAAUUCACGCCUGCACCCUAUGUGCUCACUGUGCUCAAUUGUUCCUUCUGGAUUAUAUACGGGCUCCCCGCGGUGAAGAACGCGACGCUUAUCAUCAGUAUCAAUACUGCUGGCCUCGUGGUGGAAUUCUGCUAUGUCACUAUCUACAUGUAUUACGUCGCGGGAACAGCUAAGAAAAGAACGUGGGCGUUCAUCGUCGCCUGUGCAAUACUUUUUGUCAUCAUCACGUGCGUUGCGCUGAUAAAGCUCGACGAGCCUAAUAUCCGGACCAAAAUGAUUGGGUCUGUGUGCGUGAUCAUUGGCAUCUUCCAGUCUUUUGCUCCAUUGACUGUCAUGGCUGAGGUGAUCAGAACGAAAAGCGUCAAGUAUCUGCCCAUACUUCUAUCUGUAUGGAUUUUUUUGAAUGGGAGCAUAUGGACAGCCUACGGUUGUUGGCCGGCGGAUGUUUUUAUUAUAAUUCCUAACGCAGCUUCAAUCGCUUUUGGCAUCAUGCAAAUGACACUCUGGUGCAUAUACCACAAGAAUGACCAGAAAACAGGUCAGAAACUGACCUGAACCGAACUACCCAUCCCAACACAGCAAUCCACAUUAUGCUUCAUAACCUAGUCAAUCACACUUACCGCAAUCGUCGUGACUCGUAAGACUCGCGUUAAGGCUCGUACGAUUUGUCAAUCCUUGUCCCGUGCUUCGAGGUCGGUUUAUGACCAAAGUGAAAUGCUUGAAGGAUUCUGGCUGACUAAAAUGUGCUCUAUUAGAGAGGUAACACAACUAGAUGGAGUAUCGAGAUUCUUUACGUAAAUCCUGGAUCACUGAUGACGAAAACCUGGGCUCUGAAAGCGGAAGCUCGUAAGUCUUGAUAAAAGAGCGCAAGGUCUGUAACCUGGGUUAAAUAUUGAUACCCUGCACACAUGUAGCUUCUAUUCCUCAUGCAGAGAGGAGAAAAGGCGUGAACUGCCUUCUGAGCUCCCCUCGUUAGAGAUCUGUCUCUGCCAUGCAAAUUCUCACCCCUUUCAGUUUUCUACCUAACACCUGAUCCAGGAGCCUUGCAUUCACUCAAAAGCAUGACGCUUUUGCUAGCACGUUUUCACUUGCCUGCACAAUUAGUGAAGGUCCCUCGAAACAAGGGGCCUUCAGAGAGGAGGAGGAAGAUUGCAAUGAGUCUUGUCAUUCAUGUAGCAAAUAGAAGACCCACUUUUGGCGCACCUACCUCAACAUCGCACCAAAAGCCACUCCCCCUUGCGCGUGCCUCGACCAUCAAGUGGAUGGUCUGAGAAGAAGAAGUGUUCGCUUUAUCAAAAAGACCAACAUCCAAUUUAGAUCUCAAAACCCGAGCC